UGAAUCAGUUCGUGCAUGUGGACAACCCUCCGUCAGUUCAACUCCCAGCAUUUUACAGGAUGCAAUGUCUGUGAGGAACAGCUGUUUCCGUCGAAAAGGACUCUAGCUAUGGAGUUUGAAACUAAAAUCUACCCUCAGAUUGGUGGAUAUGGGCGAUACAACCGGAUCAUAACGCUUUUCAGCUGGUUUCCAAACUUUGCGGUUUCGUUGAAUCUUUUCAGCGAUGUUUUCUUCACGCUCGUUCCCGAGUCUUACCACUGCAAACCUGACCUGGCGUUACUGCCGCCGUCUUCUCUUCUCGGAAACCUCUCCAGACAAGCGUACCUCAACCUCAGCAUCCCGUGGCUGAAGGGGUCUGGGCUCAGUCACUGCGAACUUUACAAAUACCCGCUGAACACGAGCAACUACACGGCGAGCGAACCGAGGGACGUGGUGCCGUGCACCAGAGGAUGGGAGUACGGCAAACCAGCCGGACUACACAACAAUUUAGUGACCGAGUGGGACUUGGUAUGUGCCAACUACUGGAAGAUUCCACUCCAGCACAUUUGUUUAAUGACAGGCUGGACCUUGGGCUAUAUACUCCUUGGCACUAUGUGUGACUGGUUGGGUCGUCGGUGUGCUCUGCUGCUAUCGGUGGUUCUUUCUGGUCUGCUGGGAAUCAUGGCUUGUCUUUCUAACAGUCCUUCGGUAUUCCCAAUUCUUCGACUCUGCCAAGGCUCAGCAUUAGCUGGAGUGUUUUUGUCAUCUUAUAUUGCACGACUGGAGUGGUGUGACCCGCCUCACAGACUAUUGGUGUCCAUGGUCAGUGGCUUCUUUGCAGUGUUUGCAGAGCUCCUGUUGCCAGGGUUUGCUGUGCUUUGUCAUGAUUGGCCUGUACUUCAGGCUGUUGCCACACUGCCCCUGCUGCUAUUACUUUCUUAUUGGUGGUGUGCUUCAGUGUUCCCAGAAUCUCCUCGUUGGCUCAUAGCUACAUCUCAGAUUUCUCAAGCAAAGAAGUGUCUCCAGUCUUUUUCAGCACGAAAUGGCAUGUAUGUUAGUGAUGAGCUCUACCCUGCCGAAACACUGCUGUCAGAGAUAGAUGAGGUAUUCCCUGAAUACAACCAGCCAGAGUAUCAUCAUGUUGUAGAGUUGCGUCACACCAGAGUCAUCUGGAAGAACUGCCUCAUCUUGGGCUUUACUCUUUUCAUUGGCACAGGAAUCCAGUACUGCUUCACGCGAAACCUGCAUAUCUACUCUCCACACUUCUACUUCAGCUAUUUUCUGCGUGUGCUGACCGGAGCUCUGGCCUGCGUCUUCCUGUGUGUGUCUGUGGACCGCUUUGGCCGCAGGGGGAUACUGCUGCUGGCAGCUAUAGUCACGGGGCUGUCCUCACUGCUGCUGCUGGCCCUCACACAAUACCUGCACGGAGGGCUUGUUCUAGUUCUGUCUGUGGUGGGUCUCCUCUCGUCUCAGGCUUUGGCCAUGCUCAGUGUGUUCUUUGGCAGUGAAGUCAUGCCAACAGUUGUCCGUGGUGGUACACUGGGUCUGAUCAUGGCUGCAGGCUGCGUGGGAAUGGCUGCUUCCUCUCUAAUGGAGCUCCAGAAUAACGGCGGCUAUUUCCUCCAUCACGUGAUCUUUGCCUCCUUCGCCGUUCUCUCUGUCCUGUGCAUCAUGCUGCUGCCAGAGAGCAAACACAAACCUCUGCCAGACUCGCUUAAGGAUGGAGAGCGACAACGACGUCCUCCCCUCUUCCUCUCACACAUCAACCGGGACAACCCACCCUUACUGCGCAUGCAGCUGCAGAGCUCCGAUUACAGCCGGGAAAAUUACUCCCGUCUCGUCACAGCCACCAAAAAGAUGAUCACCAAAGAUGCUCUGCCUUACAAGAUCUCCAUUUCGUCACAAGCACCUCUACUGUCCAGUAAUGGCACUGCUCCAGACGCCAGUGAAGACUCGUCCUAGCAUUCCAACAAAGCUGUUUUUGACACGCAGGACUUCAUCUCAUAGCAUGACCAAUUUGGUCAACGCGUCUUUUCCCUGGAAAGACAUCGCUUUGUGCUUAAAAUGUGGAGUAUGUUCAGUAUAUGGUUGAGGAAUGGUAAAGUGUUCAGUUUGUUUGUGACUUCGUACAUUUAUUUUUUAUUGUUCGGGAACCCAAACUCUAUGCACAGAUGUUGCUGGGAGACUCUGUCCAUAAGUUUAUGUGCUUAAACAUCAUGUAACUCCUUUGUUUGAAUGAAGUUUAAGAUUUACCAUACCCACUAAUAGUCAGCCUAGAGCCAUCGCAUGUCCACUUAGUGGGAUCAUCUCAUGCCUCUCAUUAGUGUAGUCUUGUGACUAAAACAUAAAAACUUCCUUAACAUCACUGACUGGUGAUUCACUGAGAGGAGCUAAAACAUCCACUCUAUCCUAGUUGUAUUUCCUCAAAGUGGAAUGAAUUGCACUCAAUGACGCCAGAAUCACUAGGGAAAAGUCUACUGUUCAGAAUGUUGGAAUGAGAUUUGUUUCUGUGGAAUGGUAGCUCAUCUCAUUUCCUCCGUGUGUCGCAUCAUGUUUCUAUAUUUCAACUGUUUUGUCUAAAUGUCACGUUGUGUGUUGUUUUUCAUGUCAAUCAGAGCUACAACUGAACCAAACCUGACAAAGCAAGGGAACUGUUUUUGUCAUUGUUUUUGCUAUUUCUAUCCUAUUUUUAUUGCAUGUUUGAAUUUAAAAUAAACUGUAUAUUGUACCAAG